UCGCCAUCUUGCAUUGUCAUCGCUUUCAUCAACGGUCUUUUUUUACUUGUUUUUAUUAACCACCUUCUUUCAACGAGAGUAACACGAUGGCGAAUUGGAGCGAACGUCCACUUUCCAACACCUUGGUUCUUUUUGACGUGGAUGGGACGUUAACCCCUGCCCGCAAGACCAUUUCCCCAGAGAUGAAGCAACUCCUUGCUGACUUGCGAAAGAAAGUGGUCAUCGGGUUCGUUGGCGGCUCUGACUUGAGCAAGCAGAAGGAACAGCUCGGGGACGAUUGCCUAGAAAACUUUGACUUUUGCUUUUCCGAGAAUGGCCUGACUGCAUACCGUAGUGGCCAGCAAUUGGCGUCUCAAAGCUUUAUUAACUGGAUUGGCGAGGAACCAUACAAGAAGCUAGUCAACUUCAUUCUCAAGUACAUUGCCGAGCUCGACAUUCCAAAAAAGCGCGGCACGUUCGUCGAGUUCCGUAACGGCAUGAUCAAUGUUUCUCCCAUCGGGCGUAACUGCUCCCAUGCUGAGCGCGAUGAAUACGAGGUCUAUGACAAGCAACACAAGAUCCGCGAGAAAUUUGUCGAAGCGUUGAAGACAAACUUUUCGAACCUGAGCUUGACAUACUCUAUUGGGGGGCAAAUCUCUUUCGACGUGUUCCCUACCGGAUGGGAUAAGACCUACUGCCUCAACCAUCUGAAAAAUGAGAAAUUCGCCUCGAUUCACUUUUUCGGUGACAAGACAUUCCAGGGCGGUAAUGAUUAUGAAAUCUACACUCAUAAUGACAUUACUGGACAUAGCGUCACUUCACCGGAAGAUACAGCGCGUAUUUUGAAAGAAUUGUUCUUUCAGUAAGUUAGAAACUAGAACAUAUUCACCCUAGACGUACUGUAGCCACUAUUGAGCAAAACUAUGUUCAAUAUAUUACAAUAUAUAAUUUGAAGACUCAGCUACAGUUAGCAAUGAGAGA